UCAUUCUCACCAAGAACCACGUACCGGGGCAGGACACCCGACCCACUCUUGCACCUAUCUUUGAUUUAAACGUAAGACAGACACAAAACAGCUGGAGUAACUCAGCGGGACAGGCAGCAUCUCUGGAGAGAAGGAAAAGGAACAACGUUCAUCAUGUUAAAGUGAAAGAAAAGAACUCUGUAUUGAACAUGCUAAAACGAUUGGACAAAAUAAGAUUUAGAGGACAGAAGAGGGAUGAAAUACUCGAUCUUGUAGAAUCUCCCAAUGCAUCAGACAAUGAAUGUGGUGAUGAAAUUCCAACAAAGCCUGCUCGGUGUCCUCUAAAAGAUUCAGAGGAACUAAAGGAUUCUACAGCCACGGGGUCAUCGAUUAUGGCUUUGGGAAUUCAAGAUUUCAACAGAACAGAAUCUGAACGACUGAAUGAGAUCAAAGGACAUCUUGAAAUUGCUCUGUUGGAAAAGCAUUUUCUGCAGGAGGAACUACGGAAACUUAGAGAAGAGACAAAUGCUGAAACUCUAAAGCAAGAACUUGAAAAAGAAAAAUUAAAACGAAUAGAUUUGGAACAGAAAAUUUCUGAUGUGCUUAAAGUCAGAGGUGAGGAUACAUCAAGUCAGCAGUCUGUAAAAGUGCAAACUUCUGUGAAUGGAACAGAAAAACGUGGUAGGACAUUCUACUCCAAGAUUCAAAAAUGGUUCUUUGAAAAGUUUUCAGAGUAUAUUGAAGAUUUUCAAUUCCAACAAGAAGAGAUCCCUGUAGAAAUGGAAGAGCCACUUAGCGCUAAACGAUUAACUGAAAAUAUGAGAAGAUUAAAACGAGGUGCCAAACCAGUUACCAGUUUCUUAAAGAACCUUUCAGCCUUAUCAAAUUGGCACUCUGUAUACACGUCAGUAAUUGCCUUUAUUAUCUACAUGAAUGCUGUGUGGCAUGGCUGGGCCAUUCCAAUGUUCUUGUUUCUAGCCAUUUUGAGGUUGUCUCUUAAUUAUCUCAUUGCAAGGGGUUGGAGGAUUCAAUGGAGCAUCGUGCCCGAAGUGUCAGAUCCUGUGGAGCCUACCAAAGAAGAUCUCACUGUAUCUGAAAAAUUCCAACUGGUGCUCGAUGUAGCACAAAAAGCACAGAAUCUUUUUGGCAAGAUGGCAGAUGUACUAGAAAAAAUUAAGAACUUAUUUAUGUGGGUACAUCCAGAAAUUACACGGAAGUUGUACAUGGGCUUGUGGCUUCUCUUUGUUGCAUCUUGCUUCUUUCCAUACAGAAUUCUCGGUCUCAUUAUAGGACUUUAUGGAGGAGUCAAGUUUUUUCUCAUUGACUUUAUCUUCAAACGAUGUCCAAGGUUUCGAGAAAAAUAUGACACUCCCUAUAUUGUGUGGAAGAAUUUACCUACGGAUCCUCAGCUAAAAGAAAGGUCAAAUGCUAUUCUCACAAGAAGGCUGUCAGGGUUUGAAAAGAUUCCUACGGUUGUGUCAAGGUCCAAUGUAACUGCCAAUGCCAUGUCUGUUUAUAGUCGGGAGGAUGAUGGUGCACGGUCACACAGCAAAAAAACCAGCUUCAGUGAGAUUUUCAGCUUGGCAGAGAAUGAGCGUCCUUUACCCGUAUGUGAAAAUGGAUGGCGCUGCUGUCUAAUUAACAGGGACAAGAAGAUACCCACUGACUAUAUUCGGCAUGGUUUUCUCUAUGUAACGGAAAAUUAUUUAUGCUUUGAAAGCUCCAGGUCUGGGUCAUCCAAGAAAAAUAAGAUAAUAAAACUAAAAGAAAUUACAGAAAUUCAAAAGUAUAAAGUCCUGUCCGUUUUACCCGGAUCAGGAAUGGGAAUUUCAAUAACUACUCCAUUUACACAAAAACCGCUGGUAUUUGGUGCUAUGUUACACAGAGAUGAAGCCUUUGAAGCAAUAAACUGUCAAUAUACCAAAAUAGCAUCCAGCAUAUCCAGUAAUGAAACCUAACCACAUGGUGUCAAUAAGGAAUUCUUCACGUGUACAAUAAUGUUGAAAUGAGCAAUUAGACCUCUUAUUAUCUGUUUGAUGAUAUUUGCGAUGGAUUUUGUACCCAAUUGGAAUAGAUGGUUUACUAUCUAAACAUUUUUUAACUUGCUGUUUAGUUAUUUUUCAUUUUGGUGAGAGUUUUGCACAGAAGUGCUGUUACUAUCAUAGUAAUCCCGGCACAGUAAGCACUUUUGGCAUUUGUUUACAGACAUUCUAAAUGUUAGAUUACAUCGAAGUAGUGUAUAAUUAAGUGUUUUUUUAACAAAAAGAAAAAACAAUGUAAGAUAAAUUUUGAAGUAAAACGUGCAAAAUCUGAAUGCCAAGAUUGUAUACUUUUCAGUGUCCAUUUCAGAUGACUAGUAUUGUUUGAAGUAAUAUUUUCAAAAGGAAUUAGGAAGUUAAGGUUGAGCAGAAAUGCAGCAAAUGUUGGACAGAAAUUCUGAGGAGGGAAACAAAAUUAUCUGUUCAAUGUCUUUUUAUUAGAAUAAAAGAAAUACCUAAGUGAUUAAAUUACACCCUGAACCUCAAGUAUGGACCUAAAAUAAUAAUUAUUAAGUAAUUGUUCAGAGGCUUCUGUAGGUCGGUUAAAUAUUUGCAUGCUAUGUCACAAACCACUGCAGAAGAAAUCUCAGCCAGUGUUUCCACUGGUGCAAAAAUGUAAUUACUGACCAAUUCUAUUUUUUUUUUUUUAAUAAUUCUUUUGUUGUAACAACCUAUUCAGAUCAUUUUAUGUGCUUUGAUUUUUUUUCACACCCACUCCUUCAGUCUUUAUUGCGAUGUGGCCAUACAGCUACAUGAACUAUGUGUGUUGAACAAAUCUUCCAACUGGUAGAUAUUGAAUGCUACAUCCACGUACUUAUCCGGACACUUACUGCCGGCUGGCUCCUUCCAGAAAGUUCGCCCUUGACAGUUUUUCCAGACUUGGCAAAGGGUCUCGACCCAAAAUGUGACCUAUCCUUGUUCUCCGGAGAUGCUGCCUGACCCGCUAAGUUACUCCAGCACUUUGUGUCCUUUUUUGACCAUUUUCUGUGUGUGAACGAGCAUCUUUUUAAAUAGCAAUUAUAUUUAUUGAUAUUUUGGCUUGACCUCUUUCUUAAAAAUGGCUGAAUCAAUCUUCAAUGCACACUCUUUGGGACUUGCGUGGAAGGUGUGUCCAUUAAUAUCAUCUGAUAUUCCCUCUCUCCACGUGCAAAUUUGUUCAAUGUCCAGCUGGAGAAUAGUUUGGAAAAUUGUUGAUAGUUGUCGCAGAUAUGGACCCACAUUCCAGCUCCAAUUAUGAAUUCAAAGAUAAUGUACAUCUGCUUUGAGGAUUUAUUUUCUCAUUCAUUUCUUGCUUCAGUUCAGGAUAGGGGUUACCUGCAUCAAAGUUUGAUUUUUUUUUCACACACCUUCUACAUAAAAUGCAAUGAAUUUGAUGACAGAUGCCCAUAUGCACCAUCCUGCAGGGGAAAAAAUUCCCAUUCCUUUCUGACGUGGCGCACGUUCUUCCUGUCACUUGAGUGAUCGGAUGCAGCAGCUGCCCCUGGCCAUUGCUCACACUCUCCAAAUUCACCAUCAAAAUCAUUGGAAUGUAACUUAAAUAUGAUGGGCAACAAACCCCUAAUGGAUAUAACCUUCAAUAAACUGCAGAGCUACCAGUUAUCAAUACUUAAGAUUUUACGGCUCAUUUUAUUUUUACAUGUGCGCAUAGAAUUUAUAUUGACUUCAUAAAAAUACCUGACCAUGUGUAAUAUUUUUCACUUUACCUUGGGUUUGCUCAAGGUUUAAUUCAUUGGAACUUUUAAUUGAACAUUAUUAUUGCUGCAAACACUGGUAUAUAAAUAGUAGCUCGUUUAUGAUAUAGAGUUUCCUGGUACGAACAUUUGCCAAGCUUCCUUUGUGUACUCUUAAUGUGGGAAUGUUUAUUGAGGGCUAAUUUUUCAGCUUCUGUGUAAGAAGUGAAUUUGCUAGUUUGCAUUCCUUGAAGGAUACUCACUAGCAACUAACUUAAGUUUAAAAUAUUAUAAACAACUUUGUAAAAAAUGAAACAUCAACUAGUAGUUUUCAACUAAUGCGAUUUAUUUUCUUAAUACUCCCAAUCACAAAAAACAGCAGUUGCCAUUCUUGUUGAUGUACAUUAGAUAUGUUGACUGUUUACAUAUUGAAAGUUGUGCAUAAUUGUUUUUGGUAUCAUGUAAAACUUGUGUAAAUGCAGAAAAUAUAAAUGGAUCCAAAUGUAACUUAAGCCUAUAAGAUCUGCAAGCUUUGGAUCAUGUUUAUUCUAAAAUGAGAAAUAGUCUUGUAAAAAGUCAUGCAGAUUUUUAUUUGAAAUAAAUGGUUCUGUAAGAA